AUGCAAGAGGUCCACCGUAAGCUUACCGACAAAGGAUGGUACAUUAAAAGCUGUAUCCGUACCAUCGGAAUUAUCACAAAUUCAAAUCAUGAAUUUGUGCUCCGAAGCCGAUUGAAAACGAGAAGCCACCAAAUCAAGACGGAUCAGCAGCUAACACUUUUGACGACGGCGACCCUGGCGAUGCUUUUAACGCGGACAUCAUCCUCGGUCAUUUGGGCAAAAUGGGAUGGUUUCAAAUCAACGGACAGGUGUUUUGUUGAUGGUUGCGAUGGUCCAAUUGAUCCAGAGUACAAAGCCGAUUGGCUAAACGGAACUGCCCUCAACAGUCUUCUGGCAACUCCUCGUGCAUGGCGCUGUAACUACCAGGAUUUUGAUACCAUACCGAAUGCUACCACCCCGGAGUGUGCAUAUAAAAAUUACACGGUCAACGCCACUUGCCACAACUGGAUUUUCAACAAGUCUGUUUUUACAAGAACAAUUGUUACUGACUACCUUCUCGUGUGCGAUGAAUCAUGGAAGAUUACCUUUGGUUCGUUCAUCACAAUGCUGGGAGUUUUGCUGGGUGCUUUUUUCCUCGGGCCUUUGCCGGAUUUAAUAGGACGACGCACGUCAGUUGUUGCACUGGGGACGUGGAUGGCGGCCUUAGGCAUAGGUUCGUGUUUCGCUCCUAAUUUUGACGCGUUUGCAGGACUUCGAUUUCUUACUGGUAUGGGAGGUAUUGCUGUUUUACAACCCCUCAUUAUUUGGGGAUUGGAAGCACAGGCUCCAGUAAUGCGAAUCAAAUUUAUUUGUCUCAUCUAUUGCUUUCAAUCCAUUGGAAAUCUUAUUAGUGGAUUACUGGCAUAUUUUAUCCGUGAUUGGAUAAUAUUGCAGUUCUGCCUUUUUGUGCCGAUGGGGAAAAUGGUAGUUACAUAUUUCAUUUUGCCUGAAUCGACUCGCUGGCUAACAGUUAAGAAGAAAUAUCCUGAAGCCAAGGGAAUCUAUGAAAAUGCAGCCAAAUUAAACAAGAAAAUCAUUCCUGCUUACUUACUGGUCAUUUCUAAGAAAGUUACUGUUGACUUUCCGGUGGCUGUACAUGACAUGUCGGUAGAUGAUAGUUGAAGCCUCUCAGAAUUCUCUUCGAGUAAGCAAGCGCCAUGGGAUUGUUACAAGGGUUGCGUCUGGAAUGACCAAGGGUUGCGUCUGGAAUGACCUUGGCUUGCUUUGCUUUGACGUCUUAUAUAAGAAGACAAAAUUGAGAACUACGACAGUUGUGUUUCAUCUUUUGCCAAGAAUGGAGUGUCUCGUGUGUAAGAUAGCGUUUAAAAAGGGAGAUCAGAAAAUUAAGUGCAAUCAGUGCGAGAAAUCGGUUCACCGACGCUGUUUUACAUCGAUUGACAAGGAUUGCUACAAGAUCGCAAAGCGGGACAAUUUGUUUACAUGUUUUUCUUGUGAACUGGAGAGUAUUCCCUCAGCCGCCGUUGAAGCUAAUUCGAUUCCGCUCCAGCAAUCACGACCUAAACGGAACAGAAAACCGAACCCUCGUUACGACCAAAGUUCUCCGAAAAGGCGAAAUGCAGCAGUUAUUCCUUUCUCGGAUUCAGUUAUCGCUUCAACUUCUUCAACUACAAACAUAAUUGUCAAUGAAACAUUUACUAUUCAUAGCUCCUCUAACCACUCAGUCGUCCUUGAAGAAGUUGUCCCUCCAAUGCCGUCAAUAAAUAUGGACUUUCCAGAUAUUCCACAGGAAUUACUUGACAUGGCAGUUGCCAAUAUGUCUCUGAAUGACUCUGCAAUUAAUCCUUUUGAUUUUUCUUUUAGAUUAGACACUUCACUUCACCCGCCAAGCCCAGUUAGACCAGAAGAUAAUUCCACAGCUAGCAGAUCAUCCUUUGAAUCAGAGAAUGGAGAUAGUGUUCAUUCGCCUCGUCACGUUACUCCGGUCCCCAUCAGAGAGAAAAGCGUGAUUUACGAGGAGCCAAUCACACCAGCAAUCCGGGGUAAAGACGUCAGGAGUCAGAACAAAGUGUAUAUGAGGACCAACGAGAGGAUUAAAGAUAUUUGGGAGAAAUAUCAACACACCAAGGAAUAUACCGUAGAUGACCUUCUGAAGUACUGCUCCAAGACUUAUCGCAUGCCCUGUGAAUAUGACCAAUCUGAUUAAGAAGGCUUUCUUCGUCAUCUGCAGCACUGGAAGCAUCUCGUCUUUACUUGUUAGAUGAGUUCAACUGCUUUUCUUGAAAACGAAUUGAGAAUCUAUACAAUCGUCAGUCAAGUCGUAUAAAUGUUCCAAUAGUGUAUUUUGAUUUUUAAAUUCAGUUGCUUCUUGCCAAAAUACAGAUAUAACUACAAUAAAGCAAGUUUUUUUUCAGAA